ACGGAGAAGGUUUAGCGGCAAAGUUUACGGCUAAGUUAGAAGCAGAUAACUACGUUGACGCCACACUGUUUCGUUAACUCUCUACUUUCCGUCACCAACUCUCACUCUCUUUUUUGUUCCCUUUUUUUUCUUUUUAUUCAUACUUUUUUUAUUCUCCUUUUGUCUUCACCUUCGCGCCACUUUCUCUCUCUUCUUCUCCUUCGCCUUCUUCUUUCUAAGCUAGUUAGCUGUGUAGAGGAGAAACUGUUUCGAUGAAAAAGGGUAAGGUGGUACGUUCAGAUGACGAGGCUGAGGGUGACACCGAGCUUAACUCUGUGUCUAAUUACCAUCUUGAAGAUGAGGAUUCUGAGCCAGUUUCUUUUGCUGCAUUGCCAAUUCAAUGGGGUAAUAAAGCUGUCAAGAAUUCUGGUCGAACUGAAGAGAGGGUGUUCCUACAUGGCUCUACGGAUGAGGGGCUGAAGGCAGUUAUGGUGCAGGUCACAGCAUGGAGAUUUGAUAUUUCUAGAGCAAAACCUGUGAUAUCAUUGCUAUUAUCAAAAGAGAAAAGGUGGAUUGAGCUGAAGAAGCCAAGGAAUAGCUAUCUUGAUACUAUAAGGACCAUUCUGAUCACCGUUCACUUCCUGCAUCUAGUAAAGAGAAAUCCCAAGACAUCAGCCAAUUCUGUCUGGGGUAACAUGUUUAAGAAUAGGGAAUUUAGCUUAUCUAAGUCUAAGCCUUCAGAAAAAGAUUUGCUGGACCAUAUGCAUUUAAUUGAUGAAGCUGCCAAAAGAGAUGGUGUCUUAGCUAAGUCCCAGCUUUUGCUCACCGUUUUGAAGGCGAAAGUGGGGAAUAAAAAUCUUUCUAGCAAGGAAGCUAAAGAUUUGGUACAGCCUGCAUCUAUACUUGAUGAUAUUGACAAGGGCGUAAAUAAAGCUAGUGAAGAAUCUGAAGAAGAGGAUGAUUCAUCUCAUGAAGUUUGUGUGAUUUGUGAUGAUGGUGGUAAUCUUACAUGUUGUGAAGGACCAUGCAUGAGAUCAUUUCAUGCGAGAAAGAUGGAUGGUAAAGAAUCUAAGUGUGCUUCUCUUGGUUUCGCUCAGAAGGAGCGGAUCCCGAGCUUUUAUUGUAAGAACUGUUUAUAUAAUCAGCAUCAGUGCUUUGCAUGUGGCGAGCUGGGAUCAUCUGAUAAAGUUAAGGGUGCUGAGGUCAUUAAAUGUGCUUCUGCAACCUGUGAAUACUUCUAUCAUCCACAUUGUGUUGCCAAGUUACUUUCCCAGAUAAAUAAUCAUGAUGCAGAGGAGCUUGAGAGAAACAUUUCGGGCGCAAAUUCUUUCACCUGUCCUGUUCAUUAUUGCUGUGUCUGUAAAGAAGUUGAAAAUGUAAUGAAACCUGAGCUGCAAUUGGCUGUUUGUAGACGUUGUCCAAAAUCAUAUCACCGCAAAUGUUUGCCAAGAGAGAUUGCUUUUGAGGACAAUGAUGAUGAUGAUGUUAUCACAAGGGCUUGGGAAGGUCUUUUGCCAAACAAACGCAUUCUUAUUUAUUGCCUGAAUCAUGAUAUUGAUGAAAUAUUAGGGACCCCUCUAAGAGAUCAUAUAAAAUUCCCCGAUGAAGAAGAUACUGUCCAAGAAAUUAAUAACAAUAAUGGGAAGAUGAAGCCUGCAACCAAAGAGGGAGUUAGGCCAAAUAAGAAAAAUGGUGAUGUAGAUAAUGGAAAAUCCAGUUGUUCGGCGGAAAAUGUCAACAGAGCUAAAGUGACUGGAAAGCUGUCUCCUGGAGAAGUUGGUAGCAAGAAGAGUCCUGAAAAGAUGAGUUCUGGUUCAAACAUUGCAAAGAAACCAGAAGCUAAUAGAAAAUCCGGUUGUUUGAGCAAGGAUACUACUGGAUCUAAAGCGACUCCAAAGCGCUCUGCUGGGAAAGGUGGUGGCAAGAACAAUACUGGAAAGAAGACUUCCCAUUCAAAUAUUACAAAGCAACCAAAAGCUAAUGGAAAGCCAUCUCCUGGGGAAGUUUUUGCAAAGAACAGUUCUGAAAAGGCAAUCUCUGGUUCGACUAUUGCGAAGCAACCAAAAGCUAAUGGAAAAUCCGGUUCUGGUUUGACUGAAAAUAGCGCAACGAUUUCAAAGAAAUCUGAAAUGUCCGAGGAUAGCCAGCCCAUACGAGCUCUUUUGGUGAAGGAUUCCAAGCAAACUAAUGCAGUUAGUAAGGGAAAGCCACCCCUACUGUCCCUUUUGAAACACAAGGCUAUAGCCAAGGAGCUACGUGAGCAGCAAUCUGGCCAACAUCUAGUUGUAGAGAUGGAAAGCCCCAAUGCCGAAUGUUUGCCUGCUGAUGUGAAUACGGAUGAUAAUUGUGGGGACAACAUCAUGCCAAGCCAAGAACCCCCAAAGUCACCUGAUGGUGAAAAAGACCAAGCAUCCGUGAAUGGACACAGGAAAAGAAGCUCACAUCAUUUUAAGGAUGACCAAGAUAACCAAGAGGGACCUGAAUGUAAGAAGAGCAAGCCCGAGAAGACAUCGUCAACCAAAAGGAAACACAGCGAGGAAAAUGAUGGAAGUGGCGUCAGUGUGGUCUCAUCAGCCAAAAGGCAGACUGUAGAGGAGCUACAUAGGGAGGAGGAGGAUCAGUGCCAGAUAGAGUCAAAUACAAGGCAAAGUGUUGGCAACAUGGCAUAUAAUUAUGCCAGACCAGUUUCAGCAUUUGAGUCAUCUUAUAAAGCGACUCCUGCAGAUGUUGAUGAGGAAAAUAGGAUAUCCGUGCUUUAUGGUUUUGCAGCUGGUCCUAACGUUGAAUAUGCCAGCACGCAUUCAGCAGGUUGGAUUGAUGAUGAUGAUGAUGAUGAUGAUAAUGAUGAUGAUGAGUAGUUACAGCGUAUGUUCUUUGUUUUUUAAUAAUCUCAAUAAGGGAAUGACUUUAAUGGACGAACUAGUUUUUUAGAUCUUAAUGAUAUCC